ACACCUAUUCUCCUUUUCCUUCCCUUGCUUUUCCUCUUCUUAAAAUGGAUUACCAACGACCUGACUCUUCUCUUCGUCUAAGUCUACCCAGCAAUCAGCUCAACCUAGAACUCGUCCUCGAACCAUCACCAUCUACCACUGCUUCUUCAGUGCCGGUUGAACCCCGGAUUUUCUCUUGUAACUUUUGCCAGAGGAAGUUCUUUAGUUCACAGGCACUGGGAGGGCACCAAAACGCGCACAAGCUUGAGCGGACUCUAGCCAAGAAAAGCAGAGAACCAAGCUCAGCCGCCCAAGGUCGUGGUGGACGGUCAAGUGCCUUGAGCAGAAGGUUGGAUGGUGAAAUGGUUUACAUCCGGAGAGAAAACAACCAUGGUUCAUGGUCCGGUGGCUCCAGAGGGUACAGACCAGGGAACGUUCAAGAGGAGUUUAACCAACUUGAUUUGUCCUUGAGGCUUUAAACUGCCCUCUUCCCUAUAUUUUUAGAAUUGCAAUGUACCAUUCUAUUUAGAAAUCUUGAAUUUAAACAUUAGAAUAAAAAUUAAAAAACUUUAUGUAUAUAUAAUUCUAAAAAGAAAAACCAUCUAUAUAUCAUGUAUUUAGUCCUAAACGGCCAAGGUACAAGAUAUGUGAUUGAUGAUUUUCUUCUUCUUCUUUUUUCUUCUCUGUAUCAUGAUAAAAUCGAAUUGAGUUC